UCCAAAUGUCAAAGGAGAUAUAUUUAUAAAAAAUGUUUGUCUCUAAAAAUAGGAACUCAGUUUUUGUUUGUUUCUACUUCUGAUGUUCCAAGUGAUGAUUGCGGUCGCGUCUUUUCUAAAUAUAAUGUAACCGAUAUUGAGAAUUGUAUUUUUAGAACGCCAGGUAGCGAGCGAGGCCGCUUACAAAAUUUCCUACUUCAACAGCACUCGAAGUAGACUAUUUAAAAAUUGGAAAUUAAUUUACAUUCCUCUAAAACAUUCUGUACAAUUUAAUCUAGAAAUAUAUAAUUAAUGACGUGGUUGAGGAAAUGAGGAGCAAAUUCAGAAAUACAACUUCCGAAAUAAAACCUGGAGAUCUUUUGUUGUCAGAGCAACCAUUCGCUUAUGUAUUAUCGUCCAAAGAACAAGGAAACCGAUGUGAUAAUUGCUUAGAAAAAGUCAAACUCCUAAAAUGUUCAGGAUGUCAAUUUGUUUAUUACUGUGGAAGAUCAUGUCAGAAAGACGCGUGGGGAGAUCACAAGUGGGAGUGCCCUAAUCUCAAACGAGUCGCGCCAAAAGUAAUCCCUGAUGGCGCACGAAUGCUGGCAAAGAUCAUCAACAGGUUGAACCGGGGCGAUGGACACUCGUUUAGGUCUUUUUAUUCGGCUACAUCAUUUAGAAUGUGGAAGGAUCUUAUGUCACAUUAUCCAAAUUUGAAAGCAGACAAGAAAAGGAUGGACCAUUUCACUUCAUUAUGCGUUGUGCUGUAUGAAUUUUUAAAAGACAUUUCUCUACCAAACACCGUUGAGCUAAUGGGGCUUUAUGGACGGAUGGUGAUAAACAGCUUCAUGAUCUUAGAUACAGACAUGAAUUCGAUUGGUACCGGUAUUUAUUUGGCUUCCUCCAUAGUGGACCACAGUUGCGAACCAAAUGCUGUGGUCACGUUUGACGGAAAGACAAUCAACAUAAGAGCGAUACAAAACAUGUCUUACUUAGACUGGAAUCAGAUACGCAUAUCUUAUAUCGACAUGAUGAAAACACCGUAUGAAAGACAAAAUGAGUUGUUGAGCAGCUAUUACUUCUUGUGUGGAUGUCACAGGUGCAUCGAUGGAAAUCAAGUUAAAUAUGUUCACGCCGCCAAAUGCUUAAACGAAAACUGUGAAGCUCCCGUAAAGAUUACCUGGAAUGAAAACUGUCAGCUCGUCUUACGACCCGUGACUGAGGGGUCAACGCAAAAUGGCGUAUCGAACGGGAUUCAAAAUGGCGACUUUCAAAAACAAAAUGGCGGAUGCGACGAGGAGGAAAUUGAUAACGAAGAAUUUGUUUAUUGUAAAGAAUGUGGAACUAAAUAUACGGAGAAACACGUGGAAGCUUUCAUUAAAAUCAUGGAAUUCACCAAACAACAUUUAAAGAAUAUGGAGGGUAGUUCUGUGGCAUAUGUAGACGUUUGCAACUACUGCCUGGACCGUCACGAGGGCGUGCUGCAUCCGUUGAACGUGAUGCACGCUCAGACUCUGGACCACGCCUUCGAGGCUCACGUACAGAUGCAGCUCUGGGAGAAGGCGUGUGUAUACGCCGAAAGACUCAUUCCGUGUUUCAGGUUUUAUCACGGCGACAAGAAUCCUCUAUUGGGCCUGUUAUAUCUGAAGUACGGUAAGAUCCUGCUGUACAAGAUGGAUUUGGAAAAGGCCGUUGCGCAACUGAAACUCGCUGAGAAAAUCAUAAAGACAACUCACGGAGAAUCGCAUCCUCUUUACAGAGAACAAUUGGUGCCUUUGCUUCAACAAGCCUUGGCGGAGGCGGAUUGAGUGUUGAUCGUUCAGUAUUGGUGGGGAGCUUUAGGUACCUUCAUUAAGUGUAUUGAAUAAUUGGUUGAAUUUUAAUAAUCAUUUGACCGUCUGGUUUUUAAUGAGCUCAACUAAAAAUAUAAUUCAAUGUACAAAUGUACGUGUGUUAAAGAAUUAAAUUUAAAUUGGGAGUUAAUGACGACGAAUAAUGCUCUAUCCCUUUCUCGCAUAGCUUCGAAUUGACAGAUACAAAUACAAAAUACUGAAUUAGCACUAGAAAUAAUUUUAAGGAAACUCCCAUAAUAGACAACUUUUAAUUGUCAUUACUUUUGCAAUGGCAAAUGUGUACGGGCAGUUUUAGUCAAUUCGCUCUUCUCAGAAAAAGUCGAGAGGAGGCAAACAUUAAUAAAUAUAAACACGAUCAUUUGUUGAGACGACGUUAAUGGUCCAGUGACAACUCUCUCCUCCUUCAGUCGUGCUCCUUAUGUGUAAGGGUCGAGACUUCCUUAUCAAUGAGUUUCGACCUCAAAACGUUGUGCCAACUCGUCUUGUUUUCGGCUACCCUGGGAGCUUAGUAGACCAUGGAUUCGAGGGUGACGAGGACCUGGUCAGACUAACCCAUUGGAAUGCAUCCUCGCAAAACUCAAAAACAACACUUAAUGUUUUUUUGAAUUUUUUAGAAGAUGUACAUAAAAGCUUACAUAUCAGGUAAUACAGAGACGAUUCGAGUUUUGUAAAAACUGUUUUAUUAAUUUACAGAUUAGUGAAAUAAAUUUUACGGUUUUAGAAAAAAACAACGCGUGGCACUCGGGAACUGCCUCGGUAAAGCUAUUGC